AUGCCUCCCGACACAGCAGCGCCGCAGAUCAAGCCCCUCCCCGCGUCCGCCACCGUGCGCCUGCGCUCCACGCUCGCAAUCACCUCGCUGCCCGACGCCGUGUCGGAGCUGGUGCAGAACUCGCUGGACGCCGGGGCGCGCAGCGUGUCCGUGCAGGUCAACGUCGCGCGCAACAGCUGCGUGGUGGAGGAUGAUGGCGUGGGCAUCCUGCCGGCGGAUGUGGGCAUGGUGGGGAGGAUGUAUGCAACCUCCAAAUACACCCCCACAACGCACACAUUCGGCUCCCGCGGCCUCGCCCUCAGCUCCCUCGCCACCCACUCCCUCUUCACACUCACCACGCGCCACGCCACCUGCAACACCACGCACACCACCCGCAUCUCCUACUCCGCCCCGCUCACCGCCGGGCCCUCCCCGCCACACCUGCGCCUCCCCCACCACGGCACCACAGUCCGCAUCGACGCCCUCCACGCCGACCUCCCCGUCCGCUUCCACGCCCGCCCCUCCAACCCCGAGGCCGAAUGGAGCACCAUCACCCGCCGCGCCGCACACCUCCUCCUCCUCCUCUCCCCCGCCGCCACCGGCGUCUCCUUCACGGCCCGCGACGAGCACGGGAAGCGCCGGAUUGCAGUCCGCGCAGCGCACACGGGCAGCUGGCGCAUGGCCGUGCUGCGCCAGAUCUACGGCCGCGAGGCCGUCGGACCGGACUGGGAGCGCGUCCGCGCCGUGCAAGGCGGCAUCAAGAUCCGCGGCGCCAUCAGCGCGGGCAAGGGGCACGGGAGCCGGGAGCUGCAGUUUGUGGCCGUGAACGGGCAUCCGCUUGUUAGUGCGACGGCGCUGCACGCGGAGGUGAACCGGGUGUUUGCGUCGUCGACGUUCGGGGCCGAAGACGGCGAGGGCGGGGGGAGGCGGAAGGGCGUGGAGAGGUGGGCUAUGUUUGUGCUGGAUGUGGAGUGCGCGGGUGCGCAUGUGCUUGGCGGGGAGGGGGGCACGGAGGGGAAAGGCGGAUUGGAGGGCGAGUGGUUGGCGGGGGUCGUGGCGCUGCUGCGGCGGCUGGCGGGCGAGUUUCUGGGCGCGCAUGGGUUCCGCACUGGCGCUGAGGGGGGGGUCCGCACUCCCAAAGAGCUGCCGGGGAAUGGUGCGGUAUCGAGAUCGAGGGCGGGCACGCCCCUCAGCACAAUCACGAACCCCAGCGCCCCGCAGAGCCACGGCGACGCCCGCACACUCGCGCCCUGGAGCCGCGUCAAGGCCGCAAAACACGACGCCCGCGAAGAAGACGGCCGGAAAGGCGCCGGCUUCUCCGCAUUCGCCGCUCCUCCGCCUUCCCCUUCACCUGCGCCCCCCACGCCCCGCAGCACAGAGACAGAGACAGAGACAGAGGCAGAGGCAGUAGAUACAGACGCCUCGAAUGACAGCGCCAAAGAAAACGCAAAAGACACCCACAUCCACUGGCGCAACCCGCUCUCGCAGCACGCCUUCGUCGUCAACGCCCGCACCGGCAACACCUCUGCGCGGAAACGGGCGCUCUCGUCCUCCUCCUCCCGCGCGGGUGCGGCCAAGAAGCCGCGGACAGAGGCGCCCAAGGCUAAGGGCCCGUUCGUGGAUGCGCUACUAAAGAACUGGACAAACCCCGUCUUCACACCCACCGAAGCGCCCAUCCCCACCACGCAAAACUGCACGCACCACUGCGGCACCUCCCCCUCCGCCUCCACCACCUCCACCACCUCCUCCUCCGCCUCCACUACAACACUCGGGAAGCUAACCAAAGCCGGCCUCGCAACAGCAACGGUCGUCGCACAGCUGGACAGCAAGUACAUACUGCUGAAAAUGCGCGGCCUCUCCCCCAGCACCUCUUCCACCCCGUCUACCCCAAACGCAGCAACAGAGCCCGAGCUCCUAGUCCUCCUCGACCAACACGCAGCCUCAGAGCGCAUCCGCGUCGAGGCGCUCUUUGCCACCCUCACGUCGUCGUCGUCGUCGCCGCCGCAGACGCUGCAGAGACCGCUGCUGUAUGUGCUCGCUGACCGCGACGCGUGCCUGCUGGAACGGUAUGCGGGUGCGUUGAGGGAGUGGGGGGUUGUCUACCACAUCACCCCUUCUUCUUCUUCUUCUGACUCCGGAGGAGGAGGGGGAGCGGGGCAGGGGCAGGGGCAGGGGCAGGGGCAGGGGCAGACGCUGCACAUCACGGCGCUCCCAUCCGCGGUCGCGGACCGCUGCAGCGCCGAGCCGGCGCUGGCGCUGGCGAUGGUGAGGAGGCAUGCCUACACGCUCUCUGAAGACAAUUCGCCGGUUGCCCCUGGGGGGGCAGAGGGAGGGGGGGCGCUGGCGCGGUGUCCGGUGGGGCUGGUGGAGAUGGUGAAUAGUCGGGCGUGUCGGGGGGCGGUGAUGUUUGGUGAUGUGUUGGGGAUGCGGGAGUGUGUUGGUCUGGUGAGGGGGCUGGCGGGGUGUCGGUUUCCGUUUAUGUGUGCGCAUGGGAGGCCGUGUAUGGUGCCGCUGGUGGAUUUGGGGGUGGGCGGUAAGGGGGUGGAGGGGGGGGAGGGGGGGGAGGGGGAGGAGGGGGGGUUUAAGAAGAGCUUUGGGGAGUGGAUGAAGAGGAGGGAGGAGGGGGGGGAGUAG